AUGUUGCGAGGCACGCACGCCAUCUUCGCGCUCUUCGCGCUGGGCGUGCUCUCGGCGCGAUUCGCUGCUGGUCAAGUCUGUGUUGCGUCGAACGCCCCGUGCACCGCGGCGUCGGGAUGUCAGUCCGAGCACCGGAGUGCACUGCUGGCUUUCUACGCAAGCACGGGCGGCACUGCGGACGGCGGAACGUGGCAUCGCUCGGAGGGGUGGCGGCAAGCAGCAGCCGGCCAACCAGACCCACCAUGCACCGUCGACGGCAUCGCGGCGCCCGCCCACUGCUGCUGGCACGGCGUCAGGUGCUGCCAACUCGAUCCAGCGCUCGCGGACCUGCGCUGCACGGCAUCGGAGCGCGUCUCCACGCUCUUCCUGCCAGACAACGGCCUGACGGGCAGCCUCGACGCAGCGCUGGCCGCCCUCGCGCCCCUCUCCACCGGCCUCCAGUGGCUGGACUUCAACGUCAACGCUCUCUCCGGUCCGGUCCGCGUGGCGUCGCUCGCGGCCUUUCCGCGCCUCCUGAAGCUCACUCUCGGCUCCAACAAGCUCUCAGGAGGCCUCAGCGCUGACGUCCAGGCCCUCUCGUGCCUCAGACAGCUCAGCCUGGACUUCAAUCCGCUCGGCGGCACGCUGCCGCUGCAACUCGGCACCAUGCCAAACCUGCGCAGUAUCUCCGCGAAACGCUCGCAACUCACCGGGACGGUCCCAACGGCCGUCUUCUGCUCCGCGAGCCUCCAGCACGUCACGCUCGCGCAGAACGACCUCGCGGGGACCCUCCCGGCCUCCCCCUGCGCGGCGCCCAUCCCCGCGCUGGAGCUGCUCGACCUGUCUUUCAAUCGUCUGACGGGCAGCCUGCCCGCGUGGCUGGCGGACCACGGCGGCCGCCUGGGCACGCUCGACCUGUCCUGGAACGACCUCUCCGGCACGGUCCCGAGCAGCGCCGUCGCUUUAUUCAGUGCCCGCUCCUUCCACGUUGCGGGGAACGUGGGUCUGACGGGCACGCUGCCGGCGCCGCUGAACAGCGCGUGGCUUGAGACGCUCGAUCUGUCGUACACGGGCCUGACCGGCCCCCUGCAGAACCCCUUCGGCGAGCUCCCGAAGCUGCGCCGCCUGCGUGUGCGGGACGCGCCCGGCAUCGUGGGCCCGCUGCCGGGGUCGCUCGCGAGCGCGUCGUGGCUCGAGGAGAUCGAUCUGCGCGGCUCGGGGCUGCGGCACCCCGAGGGCUCCGUCAACUCGCGCGGCGAGCCGCUGCCGGAGUGGCUGACCUUCAGCAGCACGCUGUGGGUCCGCACGGACGAGGAGGGGGGGGUGUCGGGGAUCGAGUGCCCCGAGGUGACGCUGGCGCAGGCGGACACCGCGGCGCUGGGCACCGCGGCGCAACUUGGGCUCGAGUUGCGCACCACAAUGCGACUCGACCCCCAGUACUAUGACUUCGUGGGCUGCGCGUGCAUCGAGGGCGACCUGACGCGGGAGCUGCGGCCGGAGGACGGAGUGCUGCAGGUCACGUGCCAUCACGACCACAUGAGCACCCGGCUCGUGCUGCUGAUUGCGCUGCCGAUCGGCAUUACGUGCCUGGUGGUGGUUGUGGUGUGCGUGGUGCUGUGGGCGAUGCUGCGGCGCCUCCGCACGGGGCGCGGGCGGCUGCCCUCGGGGACGGCCACGGUGGUGGUGACGGACAUCAAGGGGUCGACGGAGCUGUGGGAGUGGGCGCCCGAGGAGAUGUCAGAUGUGCAAAUCAUUCACGACGGGCUCGUGCGCGCCGUGCUGGACCUUCACAAUGGCUUCGAGCUGUUCACCGAAGGCGACUCGUUCACGGUGGCGUUUCACCACGCUCUGGAUGCGGUCAGGUUCGCGUUCGAUCUCCAAGUGGCCCUGCUGGCCGUCGCCUGGCCCGAGCGGAUCCUCCAGCACGAGCUAUGUGCGACGGUGCACCCCUGCAGCAACACGGAGAGCGCAGACCCGAUCUUUCGGGGACUCCGCCUGCGCGUGGGCAUCGCGUGCGGCACCUUCGACCGCGUCCAGGGCGCCCCGAACGCGUCCGGCCAGGCCCUGACCAACUCGCAGCUGUUCACCGGCACAUCCGUUCACCUGGCCACGGCCGUGCAGUCCGCGGCCGACGGCGGCCAGAUCCUCAUCGAUCGCAACACCUUCGACGAGGAGAUCGCGCCGUCGCUUUCGAAGCUCGAGAGCUUCUGCCGCGAGAUGUCCCUCACACCCGCACUGCGCAUGCGCUCGCGGUCGCCCAAGGCGGAGGCGGACGCGCUGCCCCUCAGCCGAUUCAAGCACCUCUUCGGCCGGACCGUGGACCAGUCCCGGACCGACUGGUACACGCAGCGGUCGUCGAUCGACGCCUCAAACGUGCGCGGCAGCACCCUGAUGGAUGGGUCGGGGUCGCGGCCGCGCCACUUCUCGCUCGUCGGGUGGCUCGGCGGCGGGCGGCGGCGGUCGCGGCCGCUGAUGUCGCAGCACUCCGCGACGGUCGCGCGGACCAGCAACGAGCGCCUGAAGGUGCACGGAGGCCUUGUGUCGCGCGGGCGGUCGCAGGGACCCCUGCCGUCCUCGCUGCAGCAGAGCAGCACCACCGCGGGCCACUCCAGCACCCCGAACGGCCAGACGCCGCGGCGAGGGUCGCGUCUCGCGCCGAAUGCAAACGCCAACGUGAGGCCCAAGUGGGUCGACCCGUCGCCCUCCCCAGCGUCGUUCCAGACGCCCGCGCACCAGGACUCCGCGCCGGCGAGCCCCGGGCCGAAUCUGCGCGCCGCGGAGACCGCCACCUCGCACUCCCGAGGGUUGCUGUCUGGGGGUUUGUCUGGGAUCCAGGAGAACGUGUCCGAGCGCAACCUGAGCGCGCAGCAGCCCGGCCAGAGCAGCAACGACGCGGACCACACGCGGGGCAACGCGCUCAUCAACGCAAAGUCCUCCACAGAUGGCAUCAAGCCGCGCUUCGUCAUCCCCAUGGUCAUGAACCUGGGCGAGCACGCCCUCGAGAUGUUCGCCGAGGAGGGCGCGGUCGGGCUGAUGCAGAUACUCCCCCCCUUCCUCGUGGCCCGCACGGCCUACUUCGACCCCGUGAGCUCGACGCGCGCGCUCACGUCGGGCUUCACCGCCGCGCCGGGCGCCGCGCAGUACAUCGAGUCGGUCGAGCGCUGCAUCGGGUUCGGCGAAGUCCCCCCCCAGUUGUACCCAGAGACCACCGUCCUCUUCUGCGCCGUCGACGGCUGGGCGCGCCUCCGCGACGCGCUCCAGAACAGCGACUACACCCUCUGGCUGUACGUCUCGCUCGCGAAGGCCACGCUCGGGGCCUUCGGCGGCGUCCUGUGCCGCCAGAAGGAGGACGUGCUCCUCGCCGUGUUCACCCGGCCGGACGGGGCCGCCGAGUGGUCGAUCAUCAUGCAGGAGCUCCUCAUGCUCGUGCGCUGGCCCGAGGGCCUGAUCCUCGCCCCCGAGUGCGCCCGGGAGGAGGUCGACGGCGUGUUGUGCCAUCAGGGGCUGCGGACGCGCAUUGGGAUCUACAUGGGUCGCCCGCGGCAGAUGCUGCCGCACCCGAUCACGGGGUUCCCCGAGUACUUCGGCCCGUUCAUCAACCGCGCCGCGCGCCUGUGCCACUCGCUCGCGCGCCCGGGCCAGGUGCUGCUGUCGAGCGAGGUGGUCAAGGGAACGAUGUUCGCUUGGGCGCACACCAUGAACGAGCUGUCGUCGCGGUACACCGACGAGCAGGUCGUCGCGGUCGCGGGCGUGUCGCCCUUCGCGCUGUCGCUCUUCGACGGGCCGGGGUCGUACACCGCCCACGUCCUCGGCAUCACUCAACAGCACCAGCACCGCAUGCGGCGCGACUCUUCGUCGGCGACGGGCUUCCCGGCUCGCGGCACGCCGUCGCGCGGCACGUCCGUGCGGAGCGCAGGGCAGGUCGCGAUCCAGAAGCGCCGCACGGCGGCGGGCGCCUCGGAGACGCGGGACAGUCUCUUUGCUGUUGAGACAAAGGAGUCUUCGCCGGCGCUGCCGCGGCGGAGCAUGGACUCGCACCCGCCCGUGACAAGCGCGGCGAACUUCCCCGAUCCCGGGCGCGAGCGCGCGAUGAAGGACGUGGGGCCGUUCCGCUGGACGGCGUCGUUACAGGCCCGGCGAAACCCGCCGCCCCUGCGGAUGGUCGCUGCGUCGACGGACGGCGUGGUGUCGGACAGCGGGGGGCGCAUUCUGCCGUCGAAGAGCGCGCAGCAGAGCGUGGCCGAGGCGGGCGCGGACACGGAGUCGGGGAACUUGCGGAACAUCCCCCGGGGGAGUACUGGGGGGGACCUAUUGUUGCACGCGAGGUCGCGGAAGGGCUCCACGCACGAGGCAACGUCCCGCGCGGGGCUCGCGCAGGAGGUCUCGGUGAUCCUGCAGGGCGCGCAGAGACGCACGCGGCAGGGGAGCAUGUUGGGGAGGCAAGAGACGGCAACAUCGGGUGGUCUGGCGACCCCGGGGGCGGGGGCGUCGCGGCUGUCGCGCCGCAACCUCCGGCCGCUCAACACGCAGUUCACGAUGAACAGCACGCCGAUGUCCACCGCGGAGGGCUUCGACCGGCAGCGUCGCCGGCAGUCGUCACACGCCGCAAACCCCAUGCUGCCAGGACAGCUGCCGAUGACCGCGAACAGCCAGGGCGUGCUUCCGGCAGGCCGGCGGUCGCGCCGCAGCUCCGCGGCGGCCACGGUGACGAACAACGCGUUCCUGCACUCGCUGUGGCUCGAAAACAUUCGCGGCAUGCUGGACCCGGAGGCGCGCGACGGGGCGCUGCUGCAGCGCCCGGUGCAGCUGAUCCACCGCGGGACGUUCCGGCUCAAGGGCGUGAGCAGCCUGAUCGACAUCUUCCAGAUGAACACGCAGGCGCUGUCCGGCCGCGUGUUCGACCCGCCCAAAAGCAGCAAAGGGAAGCUGGUGUCGGCGGGACAGGGGCUGGUGGACGUGGUGCGGUCGCCGCUGCCGGACGUGGGGCUGGACCGCAUACAGGCGUCCAUCGCGGCGCGGGAGCGGGAGCGCCGCGUGCGCAUCGAGGCUCGCGGGAAGAACAAUGCGGACCGUCCAGACCGUAGAGCGUCGUUCCAGUCCAUGAACUCUCGGUCGUUCUCCGCGCGCGUGGCCAGCGGGAGCCAGAGGGAUGCCGGACUGGGGAACUCGGUGUCGCGGGGGAAGAACGUGACGCCUGCCGGACUGCAGCCGCUAGCAGCGGCCAUUGCUGCACAGAAGAGGAGGGGCAUGAGGUUCGACAGCAUCGGCGACCAGGAGCCGCGGACGUCGAGCGCGUCCAAGCACGCGUCCUGA